AUGCACCCGAAGAAGACACAGCGAGACAAAUGCCCAGACUGCAAGGAGGAAGAAAAUAUCAUAGAAGACUAUAAAAAUGGCUAUAACGUAUGCAGAGCCUGCGGUUGCAUCGUAGGUCCACGGAUUAUCGACGAGAGAAGCGAAUGGCGCACGUUCACAGACUCAGGCGACAAUCCCAGCCGAGUUGGCGGCCCGAAUAACCCAUUCCUGGACUCUGAGCAGCUGGACACCCUCAUUUCCCCGGGAGUCGGCCUUUCCUCGUACAAUCUCGCUAAAACCCAGAUGAAAUCCAGCCUGAGAGGCCCAGAAAGAGCCCUUAUUAACGGCCUGAACCUAAUCUCUGCUUUCUGCGAGAGAAAAAACCUUUCAAAAACAAUUUCGGAUGCUGCAAAGUACGUGUUUAAAACCGUAGAGGAGAAAAAGGUUUUGAAGGGAAAAAAUUUGGAGGGAGUUUCUGCAGCCUGUAUAUACAUAGCCUGCAGAAAGGCAGGAUUUGUCCGAACUUUCAAGGAAGUGAGCAUCCUCACAGCAGUCCCAAAGAAGGAAAUAGGCCGGUGCUAUAAGGCCAUUUUCCCGUAUAUCGAGAAGCUGGGAGUUGUCUCCACCGAGGAUAUCGUCGCUAGAUUCUGCUCCGACCUGACGCUGGGAAUAGACGUCCAGAAAGUCGCAGUCGUCAUCAGCAGGAAGGCGUCUUCUAUUGGGUGCAUUGCAGGGAAGUCCCCAGACUCCAUCGCAGCUGCAAUCAUCUACUUGCUCACGUACUUGUUCCCGAAUCAGCGCAGCAUCCAGAAGGACAUUCAGAUCGUAACAAACGUAACGGAUGUAACGAUAAAAAACACGUACAAAGAACUCCUCCCGUACAAGCACGAAAUCAUCCCCGAGGGCGUCUUCUCAAAGGCAGUCAUCGACUCCCUCCCGAACUCAUAG